AGAGAAGCAUAAGUGAGGAGAAGGAAAUGGUAUCAAAACGAAGGAUAUCAACAAAUAAACAAUCUGGUUCUUCACCUAUCCGGUAAAUCACUUGUUUCUGGUUUUCGUUCUGUUGCAUUGUAUGGAAACACUUGUAGAAGCACCUGGAUUGAGUUCUCAAUCUGCUGGAAAAUCUAACAACUCCUUGGACAUUGAUUUUGAAGAACGGCUAGAAGCAGUUAGAAGAUCAGCACGUGACCAGAAAAAAACAGAAGUUAAAGACUUUGGUGUGAUUGACUAUGAUGCACCAGUUGAGUCAGAUAGGAAAACGAUUGGGCUUGGUACGAAGAUAGGAGUUGGUGUAGCAGUUUUGGUCUUUGGUCUUGUUUUUGCUCUUGGAGAUUUUCUUCCCUCUGGAAGUUUCAUUCCCACCGAGGAUGCAUCAGUGGCUAAUAAUAAAAUUUCAGAAAAGGAGAAGUCUAUUCUUCAGAAUAGGCUUAAGCAAUUUGAGGUAAUUUUAAGCGAUUCGCCAAAAGAUACAUCUGCACUUGAGGGGGCUGCAGUAACCUUGGCAGAACUAGGGGAGUAUUCUCGUGCUGCUUCCCUCCUUCAGGAUCUGACAAGGGAAAGACCAAAUGAUCCUGAUGUUUAUCGUUUGCUUGGAGAAGUUAAAUAUGAACUCAAAGACUAUGAAGGGAGUGCUGCUGCAUAUAGGAGUUCCGCAAUGAUAUCAAAAGGCACCAAUUUUGAAGUACUGCGAGGCCUUACAAAUGCAUUGCUCGCUGCUAAUAAACCGUAUGAGGCUGUUCAGUUUCUGCUGGGCACUCGUGAACAUCUAUAUGCAGGAAAGCAAAACAGUCUUGACAAUAAGGAGGACAGCAGCUUAAAAGAAAUGGAGCUGACAGAGGUGGAUCCUAUUCAAGUUGAGUUGCUUCUCGGAAAGGCAUAUUCAGAUUGGGGCCACAUCAGUGAUGCUGUAUCUGUUUAUGACCGUCUUAUUGCUACGCAUCCAAGUGAUUUUCGUGGUUACUUAGCAAAGGGAAUUAUUUUGAAAGAAAAUGGUAAAGUUGGAGAGGCAGAGAGAAUGCUUAUACAGGCCCGAUUUUUUGCACCAGAGAAAGCCAAGGCUCUUGUGGAUCGUUACUCGAGAAAAUGACAAUUUUUUGCUAAAAUGCUUGUUCAUUAUUAAGGAAAAUAUUGUGGUGGAUGAGGAAAAGCAAUCUCAGCCUAGGGCCAUCCUGGGAAUUUAAAAUAGCAGUCAGAGCAGAUGCAGAUUUCAAAGAGUACAUAUUUUACUAUUAGUUUUAUAAUAAAAAUAAUAUUCCAAUUAUAUAUGAUAUCAAUUUAUAUUAUGUUUCUGUACGUUAUAGUUGCUAGUGAUACCUAAUGUGUUAGCUCGGUGACCUCGAGUUGGUUCGAUCUUGACUUUUGUAAGUUUUUUUAUUCUAAUCUUGGACUUUGUAGGCAUUUGUUAAUCUGUACAAGUAGAUAUUAUGAUAUUAUAUAUAAUCAUCCCAUCAAAUUCUAUUACAUCA